CCCGCAAAGGCGCUCCGGGGGCACCGACCCCGGAGAUGUCCGCCCUCCCGCCCCCUUCCCGGGGCCCCGAACCCUCCCGGCCACCGAAUCGCAUCUCCCCGCGCGUCGCCAGAACAGAUCCACCUUCCCAACGGGGCUAGGUAACUAGGUGUCCCCGGCGGGACCUAAAAUGCGUCCAAUCUGCGGUCGGUCGUGGAGUCCUCUCCUCCUGCCCCAAACGUGCCGGGAAAUGUACUUUACCACUGCACUGGGGCUAGAUGUGGUCAGCCGGACGUAGAGCGGGCCGUGUGGCUGACGUCAGUGGACGUGACCUCGCUGCUAAAACCUUGAACGGGAAGGCGGGGAUGGGGGGAAAACACGGAGCGGGACGACGACGGCAGGCGGCGGGACCGGCCGCGCCAGGGGCCGCGACGCCUCUCGCAGCAGCAACAGCAGCAGCAGCAGCAGCCUCCUCUGCAACCUCCCCUGCAACCUCCUUUGCAGCAGCCGAGCAGGCAGAAACUGCAGCAACACCCGGCGGAGAGUCUGGAUGGACGUGUGUGAAGACCUGCCACCCCACAGCUGCCUCGGGUAGCUUCUCCACCGUUUUUCCCCCACACAUAAGCCCGUCGGCGCUUCCACACCACCCAAUAAACCUCUGUGAUUUUUUUUUUUCCUUUUUAACCCCCCCUCCCCAGAGAAAAAACAAAUUAAACCCUAGCCAGGUAGCGUAGCUGAAGAUA